AUGGAAGGAUCUUUUUAUCGUUGUUAUUUAUUUGUGUUGUUUGUGUACAUCACGACCUAUCUGAAUACGUGGAUAGCCGUAAAGCUUCGCGGUCUCCACUCGAUGACUUGGAUCUAUAUGGGAAUCCAGAACUAUUUCCCGCCGUAUCGCCUUUGCUACGCGUACCAAUUUGCCUCGUUUUACAUAGAAAAUGGAGCACUGAUCUUGCUGCAUUUGAAUCGAUUCACUGCGAUUUGGCUGCCAAUCAAGCAUAUCAAAAUUUGGAAUCUGCGAAACAUAGCCUAUGCAGGAAUUCUCAUUUAUCUGAUUGGUUUCUCGAUUUGCUAUUCCGAUUUCUAUAUUGGUCCGCUUUAUGUAGAAGUGAAUGGGCUAGCUGUAGACAAUCCAGCACUAAUGCCAGAAUUCUGGCUAUCCGCUGCGUUGAUGGGCCCGCUUGGGCACACGUUCCCAUGGAUUGCGCUCGCGUUGGAUCUGUUGACACUCGGAAAGAUUCUCUAUUUGAGGAUUAUGGGGAGACAAACAAACGGAGUUUUGGUGGAGAUCAACUUGUUCUUGAUUUGCCUCAGCACUUUCGUCGUUCAACUGACAUUAAUGUUGUACUUUGAUCGUGCUUUCAGCCUUUGGAAUACCCCAGAGAUGUCGCUUUUAAUGCUAAGUGUUGUGAUUGAUUUGUUCACAUUGAGCGAAGCGUACAUUGGAUUGGCGUUGAAUCGAACACUGCGCCAAAAAUUGUUCGCCAUGCUUUUUGGGAAGAAAAGAAAUGGUGGAAAAGUAUCGGAAACGACGAGCGCUUUUCAGCGAUCGAACAAAGAGACAAAACAAUUCUCGCAGAGUGUAGUAAAGUUU